GGCUUUCUUAAUGUGCAUGUAACCAGCCGGAACACAGCAUGAUUUGGCUUUAAAGUGUUGUUUUCACAGAUGUUAACGUUAUCACUCGGUCUAAUUUGAAGACACACCGCUGAGGACCGAGGCUAAGUGAGAUUCCACACUUUUUUGUAGGGGGAACCAAUCGAGUGCAUUCCAGCUAAAAGUUGAUCUGCGAACUGAUUUGUUACAUCUGACUGGAGGAAACAAACAGGUGGAAUAUGAUGAUCGCUCUGGGGUUUGGUCUUCUGUCUUUGCUGUUCUGUUUUGGCCCAGCAGAGGGUCAAUUUCCUCGUGUUUGCUGCACAGUGGAGGGCAUCCUGUCCAAGCAGUGCUGCCCCGCUCUUGGAUCAAAUCCUGCCAACGUAUGUGGGUCCCUGUCAGGUAGGGGAAGCUGUGUCACCGUACGGGUCGACUCCAAACCUUGGGGAGGACCGUACAGACUGAGAAAUGUUGACGACAGAGAGAGGUGGCCGACCAAAUUCUUCAAUCAGACCUGCAGAUGUACUGGGAACUUUGCUGGUUUUGAUUGUGGUCAGUGUAAGUUUGGGUGGACCGGACCUAACUGUGACCAGAGAAAAGMUCCAGUGGUGCGAAAGAACAUCCACUCCUUGACCCCUGAGGAGCUCCAGGACUUCUUGAACACUCUGGAUCUGGCUAAGACCACCAUUCACCCAGAUUAUAUGAUCGCCACGCAGCACUGGCUUGGACUGCUGGGACCAAACGGAACUGAGCCUCAGUUUGCCAACGUCUCCAUCUAUGACUUCUUCGUCUGGCAGCAUUACUACUCAGUCAGAGACACUCUUCUUGGUCCAGGUCGUCCAUUCAAAGCCAUUGAUUUCUCCCACAAAGGUCCCGCCUUUAUUACUUGGCACAGGUACCACCUUCUGAGCUUAGAGAGAGAGCUUCAGAGACUGACAGGCAACGAGAACUUUGCGGUCCCUUACUGGAACUUUGCCACGGGACAAAGCGACUGUGACGUUUGCACGGACUCUCUGUUGGGGGGGAGGAACCCGGACAACCCCUCCCUCAUCAGCAACCAAUCCAGAUUCUCCAGAUGGGGGGUGAUCUGUAACAGUUUGGAUGAUUAUAACCGCUUGGUGACCCUUUGCAAUGGGACCACCGAGGGUUUCAUCCAGAGGGGGAUGAUGGAGAGAGCCAACUCAUCUCUGCCCACCAUGAAUGACGUCAGAAGCUGUUUAGGAAUUAGGGAUUUUGACAGCCCUCCCUAUUUCACCAACUCCUCCUUUAGCUUCAGAAAUGCUCUUGAAGGGUACGACAAGCCAGAUGGGGAGCUGGAUGAAACAGUCACUAACCUGCACAACCUUGUCCACGCCAUGCUUAAUGGAACCAGUGCUUUGUCUCAUUCUGCAGCCAACGAUCCCAUCUUUCUGGUGCUACAUGCGUUCACCGAUGCCAUUUUUGAUGAGUGGAUGAGGAGGUUCAUUCCGUCCAACUCCACCUUCCCAGAUGAGAUGGCCCCCAUCGGUCACAACAGGGAUUACAACAUGGUUCCCUUCUUCCCUCCAGUCACYAAUGAAGAGAUUUAUGUCACGUCAGAGCAACUGGGAUAUUCCUAUGCCAUUUCCUUGGAUGAUGCAGAUGAGGGAUCAGCAGUUUUUGUUCUGGGCUCCACUUUAGGAGGCGUCUUCGUUGGCCUCCUGGUGCUUCUCCUUAUCUUUGUGCUCUACCUGCGUCAGAGGAAAAACAGAGGCUUUGAGCCGCUGAUAAAAGCCGAUUUCACCAACAGAAAGUACACAGAGGAAGCCUAGUUGUCACCUGUUGUUCUGGAAAUGCACUUCAGCUGCACAUUUCUUAUCUCAGAGCGAUGGAGGUGCAUGACAGUCUACAACAUAGGCUUGAAAAAAAAAAAUCCUGUAACUGAAUGAAAAAUUCUGUCUGAUUACAUGAUAGAACAACUUGAAUCAUAGACUAUUCACCUAGAUUUAUGUACAGCAUUCUCUAUUUUUGUUCUUUUGUAAAAUAUAGCCCUGAUUUUAAUCCUUCUAUAUUUUUGCCUUUUACAAACUUUGCAUGAGCAGGAAUCUAUUGAAAAAGGUUUUAUUAACAAUUUCUUUUCAAGAACAGAACAAAACAAGAAUGCAAACGGCUUAAUUGCACUGAAAAAACUGUAAGGCAUAUUUCCUCCCCUCUUCAGGUUGAAAUCACUUUCAAACUCCAAAACAUAACCUGUUUUAGAAUUGAUGCUAUUCAGUACUGCAUUGUUUUUUUAAACAUUUUAUUGCAAAAAUAUUAAAAGUUUAAUGAUACAAAACAUAAAAAGGGCAUCCUGUGAGAUCAAUAGUCUUAAUAAAACGAAUCGCUUUGGGUGAAA